GUGUGGGCGCGCGCGUGUCCGGAACGGAAAAGGGUACUACGUACUCCGUACACUGCUAGUAAGCACAGUACUGAUAUCACUCGAGUCAUUCAGAUGCGCGUCGAAUCGACGGAAACGUUCUCCAGAGAUUUCGGUCGGUCUUUGUAUAUUGUCGUGACUGCUGGGGGUCAUAAAUCUUCUGACAGAAAUGAAGAAUGCGCCCUAUCAUCAAAUGCCCAGCACAGUCCGGGUCAAUAUCUGUACACUAAGUACUGCACAUCAUGGAUACAUAUCUAUGCCAUGUCCAGUGAAGUGCGCCAAUCAAUCUGUUCCAGUGUCUUGCCUACCGAAACAGGCAAAUUAUUGCCUAGCAGUUCAAUUGAGCCCAGCUCAAACGGGCAAUGCUCGAAGCAAUGGUCCAUUAACCCCAAUGAUGAUGAACUGGCUAGCUGGCUGGUGGGCCUGAUCGAUGCGAGGGAGGGGAUUUCCGGCCGAUAUCGACGAGAAUCCUGUACUGUACGUGGUAACAUAACAAUACAUACAGCUUGGAAGUCAGAUACCUACAUGUACUAGUGGUAUCUCAGAGUGUAAUUAGUACCAUACGGUAAGUAAUGAGUGAAC